AUGGCGAGUACCUUUCCCACCCCGACCCUCUUGACGCCCAAGCUGUCCCAGCCACCGCUCGGUCCUUCGCGCCGCAACGCUGCCGCUGCGGCUGCCCCGUGGCCGCAUCGUGGGCGGAUCAGCGCGACCACAGGAGGCGAAGCUGCCGCAGCAGCAGAAGCAAAGGCCAGGAAGGAGCAGAGGAAACGAUGCCUGAGGUGCGGCGCCCUGUACCUGGACGAGGACAACUCCGCUGCCGCCUGCGCCUUCCAUGGCCACAUCACCGGUGAGAAGGGGCUGUUUUCGCUGUCGCCGCCGCACCAGGGGAUCGACGGCGAGUGGAGCGACAAGAGCGGGGUCAUCGUCUACCGGUGGAACGACCGUGGCGACAGCCCCAACACCGGCCGUGCCAACUGGAAGGGGAGGUGGAGCUGCUGCCAGGAGCGGGACGAGGAAGCGCCGCCGUGCCGCCGUGGGCACCACGUCUCGUACGACGACGGCUUCACUCUCUUCUAGCCACAGGUCUACACCGGUUGUAUGAAUAUAGAAGUUGUUGUUUUUUGUAACCCGAUACUGCUUUAUGAAAUGCAACAGUGUCCAUUUAUAAAGGAAGAGUACAAUAGAGUUAAGAACAGGAAGAUGUA